CAACAUCAAUAUGUGUUAUUUUUUCAUAUUUUUUUAGUAUGUGUUUUUUUUGACACGAGGGAAUAGUAUGAAAGAAGAAGCGAAGAAAGAAGUUGUUGCAGAGAAGAAGAAUGAAGGAGGGGAACCAAAGGGCGGCGCCGCCGCCGCCGGGAAGGAGGAGGAACCGGCGGCCGCCGCCGUCGUGCUAAAGCUCGACUUGCAUUGUGAAGGCUGUGCCAAGAAAGUCAGACGCUCAAUCCGCCAUCUUGAUGGGGUGAAAGACGUUAAAGCGGAGUGGGAAACCGGAAAGGUGACGGUCAAAGGGGACGUUGACCCCGUUAUGCUCCGCCACACGGUUGCAAGCAAGACCAAGAAGCAAGUGUCGCUUCUUUCUCCUCUCCCUAAAAAUGACGACGGCAAUGCUACCGCCGCCGGCGCCGACAAAAAGCCCGACGAGAAAAUAGAGGAAAAGAAACCCAAAGAGGAGGCGAAAGCAACCAUGGUGGUUAUGAAGAUUAGACUACACUGUGACGGAUGUGCACAUAAAAUAAAGAAAAUCAUUAAGAGUACUAAAGGAGUGCAAAAUGUGACGGCCGACACACAGAAAGAUUUGGUCACGGUAAAUGGGACGAUGGACGUGGCAGAGCUAACUUCUUACUUAAGUAAAAAACUGAAGCGGCGCGUGGAGGUUGUGCCACCAGCUAAGACCGACGGCGGCGAAGAAAAGAAGGCGCCCGAGGGCGGCAAGAAGGAGAAAGAGGCGCCGGGCGGCGGCGGGGAAGGGGAGAAGAAGAAAGACGGCGAGAAAACACCGGACGGCGGCGGGGAAGGGGAGGCGAAGGCGGAGGUGAACAAGAUGGCAUACGGCGGCUACCACCCAAACACGCAUUACUACAUGACGCCGCCGAUGUACAACCAAAGUUUUCAUAAUCAAGACUACGGCGUUAUGAUGCAUGAUGCCCAAUUUGACGGCUACGGGUUUAACCACGCGCCGCCGUACUCGCGGGUGGCUCCGCCUCCUCCUCCGCCCACGUACAUCAACGCGCCUCCGGAACAUGUGUUCAGCGAAGAAGAUCCGAAUUCAUGUUUUGUGAUGUGAACCGGACAGCUAGCGGUGUAUACAGAUCCGGUCUAGAGCGGUAGAGCACAGCACCGGCGAACGAGAACGACGGGAGUUAUAGCCGGAGAAGGUGAUCGGAAAUGGGAGAUGGUCGGAAAGAUGUAACGCAGAGAGAGAUUUUCGAGUGUGUGUUUGCUCCUGCGGCCAAGCCCUCCUUAUAUAGGAGAGGAUUUGGACUCUUCACUGGACCGUCAUAUAUUACGAAGAGUCGGUGACUCUUCAACAAUUAUGCAUGCAUGCUUAAUUCCGUA